GACAACCUGCUGACAACUGACACCUGACACUGUGACUGACCCUACCACAAAACUCGUCAAAACCGUUGAAUUUAAAUAUCCUCAAAACAAAAAUCUUUUAUGUUUUUAUAUAUUUUCACGACUAAAUACAGUACUAUUUACAAUAUAACAUAUAAGGAUCCUACAAAAUUAAUAUCAUUAAAUUUUACUAAUGGAGGUAGAAGAUAUUGAUUCUCCAGCGUUUUCACCUGUUGGAUCUCCAAUUCAUUUUAAGGAUGUGUCUGCGGAGUUAACUAAACUACGAAAAGAAAGAAAUGCUUCUAAACCACCAUCAUUAUAUGUGUCAUUGGAUAAAAUAGAUCUUGAAUCGAAAAAAAACACUAAAAGUGCAGAGAGUGACGAUGAAGAUAGCUCUGAGGAAAAAUAUAACGCAAAGCCCAUUAGAAUUAAGAUUUCUUCCCUUAUUGGAACUCCUAAAAAUAUAGUGAGAAAACCUUUAGUUCAAAAAUUACAAAUUGAUGAAAUUAAUAAUAAAAAGCAUGCAAUACAAGAUGCCGAAAAAGGAAUUAAAGAAUUUCAUCAGAGUGAUAGUGAAGACUUUGGUGGUAACAGUGAUAAUGAAGAUUCAGUGGAAGAAAUUAGAAGAAGAAAUAUAGAAGCUAUGAACACCUUACUGAAUUCAAUUAGAGAUUCAGAAUUAGAGAAACAGUUCAAGGCCCAAAACAAAAUGUUCAUUGCAAAAAAGGAACUACCAAAAGAAAAAGUAAAAAAGAGAAGAAGAGGUGGAGACAUCGCAUUUCGAUUUAAUGGUUUUAUUCCUUUUGAAACACGCAAAUCAUCAAGGCUUCAAAAUAAAGAACCAGAAUAUAAAGAAAACGACUUGGAAGAUGUAUCAGAAACUCUACAAACGACCUACUUGAAACGACCCAACUACCAUAUCAGUGAAUAUACCUUGGAUGACUUAGAAGAAAUAGUUGCUAGACCUAGAAGAAAAAGCAUAAAAAGGAAGGUAGAAGAACGUAUUGUUAUUCCAGCAGAGGAUGUAACACAAGCAAUGAUAAACAAUAUUGCUUUGAGAGUAAAGGGCAAGAAAUAUUCAUCAGAGGGAACAACAUGUCAUCAAUGCAGACAAAAAACUCUUGAUCAGAAAACGUGUUGCAGGAGCAAAGAAUGUACAGGAAUUCAAGGAAUGUUUUGUGGAGUUUGUAUCAAAAACAGGUAUGGUGAAGAUGCCGCAGUGGUUUUGAAAGAUCCAAACUGGAUAUGCCCUGUGUGCAGAGGCAUAUGUAACUGUUCAAUUUGCCGAACCAGGCAGGGUAAAAGACCUACGGGUGUCUUGGUGCCUGUAGCACAACAGCAAGGAUUCAUAAGUGUCAGUCAUUUCCUGCAAAAUUUGAAAGGAUAUGGGGAUAAACCGGAAGAAGACUAUAAUUGGGAAGAAGAGGAUGAUAUUGAAGAUUUACUUGGAUUUUCAGAAGAUGGCUCGACAAUGCACUUGAAGGAUUUAAAACCUGAAAUUUUUGACUGCCCCACUUGCUUUUUUGGUCAAAAAACUAAAAUCAACAAAGUCCUUUAAAGUGUAUAUAAUACCUUUAUUAUGUUUUUUUUUCAUUUGUUAUUGUAUGAUUCUUGAUUUUCUACAACCCAACUUUUGUAUUUUUGUAUUAAAAAUAAAAAUGUGCUAAAAUAAUAUUAAUUUUUUUAAUGACUAAAGAAUACAAGGACAUAUAACGCCCAUAUACGGGCUGCAGCAGAAUUUGUGAGCUUGGAC